AAGCCCGAUUUCCUCAAAAUCUAGGGUGCCACGUCAGGAUAUAUAUUCGACCAAUAGGAACAUUUCCUUUCGGGUCUGGGUUUCUGUUUUAUUUGGAUGGGUUUGUUCGGUUUUUGGUCUGGGUUAAUGGGCUUCGCCAGGUUUGUGUUAUGGCCUGUUCUUCAGCUUAAACCUAGGUCUACGGAGGCGCGUUCUGGAGUCUCUCCUUCUCUUCACCAUUUCUCUUCGUCUUCUCCUCUGUGUUUUCAUCAUCCGAUUCCUCGCGAUCGGUUUCUCUCAAUCAAUUUCGCCUUCAAUUCUUCUUUAUGGUUUCUUUUCAUCUUCCCCCUUUCCUCCUCCUUUAUAUAUUGUUUCUUCACCCGUCUACAAAUCAAAACCCUAGAAACUCUAUCAAUGGCGAUGAAACCACAUGGGAAGUCGAUUAUGUCAUCCGAUUCCGACGAAAAAAGCGUAUUCUUCAAAGAUCUCUCGCUGGGUCCCAACGAAGCUCAGUUGAAGUUUCGGCUCAUCCAUUUCUGGGAGGCUUGGAAUCCGGUAAAGAAGACGCUUAUUGGCAUGGAGAUGCUACUCAUCGACGAACAGGGAACUGUUAUUCAAGGAUUUAUUUCCCCAGGGCGUAUUGAAAAAUAUCUGCCUGAUAUGAAGCGAGGCUCUGUUUACAAACUCAACAACUUCUACGGAUCCAGAAACAAAUCGGUGUUUCGGGUUGCUGAUCAUACCGUUACAGUGUCGUUCUCAUGGAACUCGGAGUUGAAGGUUCUUCUAAACUGUCCCACUCAUUUUGAUGCGGACAGUUUCCGGUUCCAUUCAUAUGAAGAGUUUCAAGCGAACUGCGACCUCAAAGGAGACCUCUACGAUGUUGUUGGCCACAUGAAGUUGGUUAACGGUCAGAGUAUCGUUGAGGCACCGGUUCUUGAUGAAGUGGAGAUAGCAAAAGCAAGGCGUGUUCUUAUUCAUGUCCAAUCACAUGAUGGACCGGUCAUGAAGCUAUACCUUUGGGAUCAGGCUGCAAGAGACUUCUGCAAAAAGUUCAAUUCGUACGAGGGCACACCCACUGUGUUACUGGUCACGACCGUCAACACGAAGACUCUCGGAGGUACUCUGGCCUUGACCUCAAUGUCAUCUUCGCGUGUGUUUAUGGACUAUGAAGUCCAACCUACAAUAGACUACUUCAGUUGGUUGGGCUCUAAUCCCGCAAUUGCUGAGCAGGUUAAUGCAGAGGUAGUCACCAAACGUGAGACAAUGACUAUAGGGGAAAUAUUCUCCUACAUCGAGCAAGAAUCCGCAAAGGAUGCCUUCUUUGAGUGCACGGCUACGAUCGAUGACGUCGUGCAUGGUUGUUCUUGGUAUUACAUUGCUUGCAGUGGGUGCCAUUCUAAGGUUAUCAACGGUCCAACUUCGUUGAUCUGUACAAGCAAGAAGUGUGGAAAGGUUAAUGCAUCUGGUGUUCCACAGUACCUGUCAAAGAUAUCCGUUUAUGACAACAGUGAUCAAGCUGUCUUUGUGCUUCUUGGUGAUGCUGGUCGUGAGCUGACUGGGAAGCCAGCAUCAGAGUUAGUCAGAAGCUAUUUUGAGGCUAAUGGCAACGAAGGAGUUAACCUUGAGGCGCCAGUUCCGGAAGCUCUAAUCAGCACCAUAGGUCAGAAGCACAAGUUUUGUGUCAAAGUCACAGAGCAUAACUUUUCAGGUAAGACCCGAUCUCUUACCGUGACCAAGAUCCUCCCACUAGACCCUCAGCCAACCACAGUGUCUUCGGAAGAUAACCAUACUGCUGCCACGUCUGAGGAAACAUCUGAAAACCGUGUGGAUUCAGCAGAUGGGAGUAAGAGAACCUGUGAUAGUUCUGAGCUGGAGAGAGUUAAACGCCCUAAAUGUGGGAACUAGGGUUCUCGCGACAGUUCUCAGAGAUUGCAGCAUCUAUUCAGUUUACGUGUUUGUCUCUUUACAAUUGCAUGCAUGGUUUUUUCAUUAUGUCUUUGGAUUAUGAGAGUUUUUUCCUAGACAAUGGUUUCUCUCAUUUUGAUUUUUCAGCGUUUUUAAUUUUUCAAUGAUUAGAUUGCAUGCAUGAUAUUUGUCAAAUAUCAUAGUGUUUAAAUAAUCUGGAUCAACAUGUUAUUUUUUCUUAACCUAAUUUGAUUGACUUAAAUCCAAA